CUUAUGGCACCCGGUCCUCUCUGUAAAUACUAUCUUAUUUACUUAUAUCCUAUUGUUAACAGGCAUCCCCGUCUCCAUAUUGCGAUUUCUGCCUAGGAGACGAUCGCAAGAACAAGAAGACCGGCAUACCAGAAGAGUUAGUCAGCUGUUGCGAUUGUGGACGGUCAGGUCACCCGACUUGUCUGCAGUUUACAGCCAACAUGAUAGUGUCGGUGCACAAGUACCGCUGGCAGUGCAUUGAGUGCAAAUGCUGUUCCAUCUGUGGGACCAGCGUCGACGACCCCCAGUUGUUAUUCUGUGACGACUGCGACCGUGGUUAUCAUCUAUAUUGCCUUGCGCCGCCGCUAGAUGAACCGCCCGAAGGCUCCUGGGCCUGCGCCCUCUGUCUAGAGGAGUUCCAUCGCAAGUGAACAGAUUUGUGAACGAAUGCACGGUAAGACGCAGGCGUGAUGUCCACGUCUAUACACGUAUGUACCACGGCGUACUGUCGGUGUUACUUGUCAUUCAAUUAAGGUUGAUCGUACACUGGUUUAAUGUAAUUCGUUGCCAUAGAUAAAAAUAAAUCUGAGGCUAAGUACGGACUGACUUUCACGACUACUGUUAAUGAGCACACAAAUAAUAAGCUGUGAUCUAUGCUUACGUUUUACUCUAUGACACGUAUCGAUAGACAAUCGUAAAAUAUUAUUGCUUUAAAAAGUUUCGAUGUGAGAUUUUUUUUUCUUUUAUUGUUAUUUCAAAGAUUUUUAAAAUACACUGUAAAAUCAGGGAACAAAUAAAUACUAUGUGACAUGUUUUUUUAAUACUUACCAAAAAAAUGUCAUUUGAAUUGAUUUUGAAAAACAUAUUUUUUUAUUAGUUUUAUUACGCCUUCUGAGUACGAGCAUCAAUAGAAUAUCAAAAUAUUGAUGAGUGAUUGUUUUAAGCUUUAAUUGUGUGUCAUUUUAAUUCAUAUGUUCAGUUUUAAUAUGUAAAAAAUAUGGAUUAUCUAACGGUUUGUUUAUUUUUUCUCUUUAUAAAAGCCAGUCUGUGCUAAGUCUCGAUAGUUUUCUAUGUAAAAAGUCUGUGAAUGCUGCGAUAUUGUUGUAAGAUGUAUAAAAAUGUUCAUAUAUCAACUUGAAUAGGUUAGUGAAAAAUCGUUUUUAUGGCAAAAAAAUAUUGCUUUUAUAUGUGGGUGGGUGUGGUGGGUGGAAAUGAAGGUUCUUUUUAAUAAAAGUUCACACUUGCAUAAAAUUAGUUAAUAUUUUAUAAAUACGUAUAAAGAUUUAUGCCAAAAAUAUGUUUUUGCGUAAGGCCCAGCCACAAGUAAUAACGAAGAGGAUAAUUUGUAAAGUUAGGUUUAUGUAUUUGUGUACGAAGUAAUUCGAAUUGAAGAAACGUAAAAAUAACAAACUGAACAAUUUGAUAUCUAUUUUUUUAAAUUCUUUCAAUAAAAAACGUCUAUAGAUAAAUAAAAGAUAACAGACUAAUUUCAACAAUUCAAUUGAUCUACUUACCAAAUCAAGUCUUAAUGUUAUUUCGCAAGUCCAUUAUAAUUUAUGAAACGAUGCAAAAAAAAUCACGUUUCUUGUAGGGGACCUCAUCUUAAAUAUUUUAUUCUGUUUUUAGUAUUUGAAAUAAACGUGAAAAUAAAUUUUAACAGUUUAGAUAUAAGGGUUGACGAGAUACAGCCUAGUGGCAGAUAAAGGAAUAAAGGAACCCUAAAAAUGACGCUUACGCUCCCUACAUAAGUAUAAGAAAGAAAUAUUCUUCGUUUGCCCAGGCCAGACCUACUAAAUUCUUUGAUGAGCGAUCGUAUGAUUAAAUAUUAUAAUCAGUCCUGUUUUAAUAAUCAUAAGGUGUAAAUCACAGCGCACUAGGUGUCUUGUCACUAGGUGCGCUUUAUAAUUUAGCAUGCCAUAUUACAGUUAGCUUAACUUAUAUAGCGCAUGGUGAAUCUAUCAAAUAUUUCAAUAGAGCAGAUAGACCAAUCCGAAGAUACGACAAAAACUAAUAUAAUGAGUCUUAUUUCAAAAACCAUAAGGUAUAAAAUAAAAUGCAAUAGGUGUACGUCUUAGCAGGUGUCAGGCGCGUGGACAUUGGUUGCAGAGAUGGGCAAAAUGUAAUCAUGAUUAACGAUCACAUUUUGUAAAGUUUGCCCUGCAUAGAAGACUACAAUAUAGUAAUCAUAAUUUUUAUAAAGGAGUUUGUUUUAUUAUGGAGAUUCGUACCAACUUGCAUCAACACAAAUUUACUCUCAACGGGUCAAAGUUUUAUUUAACUUUUCACUAACAUCAAGAUUUGACCGUACUUUUGAGAUAGUCGAAAAAAUAACAGGCACCAUAAACGCCGGUGAUUUUCAAGGAUAGUAACUAUCUCAACAGAGAAUCACUUCAUAUUAACUAUCUCUAAUAUGCCACAAUAAAAAAGUCACUAUCUUAAUACCGUAAUAGUUUAAACAUAAGAGUGACACUUGAGAGUUCCAUAUUUCGGUGUCCGUUAUGCUGUUUUGAGUUUCUAAUAAAAUAUGCAAUGUAUUUUUUUGUCAAUUAGAUAAUGGAUAAAAAAAAAUAGUGGAUGGCCAGAAGGCGUGACACUAUAGAUGAUUUCCCCUUCUGCGUAUAGUUGUGCGAUGUUAGUGAUACGAUUGGGUACCGUGUUGACCUAGAAGUUUGACGCCGUUUGCAAUUAUGUUAUUAUUUAAAGGCGACCGGGGAGAAGGAGUUUCCAUAUUUAAUGAAUUCGAUAUAAUUGUGUUUCUUUUUAUCAUGUGAAUGAAAUGUUUUUACUUUAGCAACAAUAUGGCAGUUUAAACAGGUUGUUUUCAUAUUUGUAUACUGCAGGCGUGUUAAUAGCAUUCUUCUCUACCUCUACCGGUGCUUGCUUAGAUUCUUCUCUAUGAAAGCGGUGUGACGAUUUAAUAUAGAAUAAUUUUAAAUAAUAUAAAUUUGAUGAACUGAUUGUUUUUGAUAUGACGCGAUUCAGUGAAUGUCAAAAUGACAUUUCGGGAAUCAGACAUAUUGAUAUUUGGACAUUCUGAUCUGAAACAAAGUGCUUAAGAUUUAAGAACCUUAA